AUGCUUCUCUUCGUGGACGACGCGAGAAGCCACGAGAUAUCCAGUCUUCCGCAGGCUCUCCAAUAUUGGCCUGAACAGUGGAGGAGGGAGCAAGACUGGCGCUACGCAGCCGAAAUGAUUCAGCAGGAAAGUUCUUCUAAGGAGCUUGAGACAGCUGAUUGUCUCGCGGGGAGUCUGUCCAUGGUAUCUACUCAACAUGGUAUCUACUCAACAUGGAGCCGGAGUUCCGGGGAGAGAAACUCUUCUGCUCUUUUGACACCGGUCUCAACCGUGCCAUCCACAGUCAAGGACGAUUUGAGGAACAGUUCACGUCAGGAGCAGCAGCUCAGUCCGGCCAGAUUUCGCGAUGAACUUGACAGCGUCAUGCGAAUGGCGACGGGAGCUCGUGCAAGGAGAGCAAAGGCAGAAGAUGAGGAAGCCGAAGGUUGA